UGUGUCUGGCUGAGCUGGAAUCAGAUGUACCCCUGUAUCCCUGUACUGGGAGAAGGUGGAUCUGUGCCUUCAGUCUUCUCAGCAGGACAUCCCAGAGCACAAGCUUCCAGAGUCAGAAGGCAUGGAUAGAAAGAACCUUUUGCAAACGAGAAUGCAUCUUUGUGAUUGCCAGUACUAAAGACCCUAACAGGUGUUGCUGUGGUCAGUUCAUCAACCAGCACAUCCCACCUCUGCCAAGUGCAACACCCAGCAAGAAUGAAGAGGAAAAUAAGCAGGUGGAGAGUCAGCCAGAAAAAUGGUCAGCUGGCAAACACACCCAGGGCUACCCCACAGAUUCCUACGGGAUUCUCGAGUUCCAGGGGGGCGGCUACUCGAACAAAGCCAUGUAUAUCCGGGUGUCCUAUGACACCAAGCCAGACGCGCUGCUGCACCUCAUGGUGAAAGAAUGGCAUCUGGAGCUCCCCAAAUUGUUAAUAUCUGUGCACGGAGGCCUCCAGAACUUUGAGAUGCAGCCCAAGCUGAAGCAGGUCUUUGGGAAAGGCCUGAUCAAGGCUGCCAUGACCACCGGGGCCUGGAUCUUCACUGGGGGCGUCAGCACAGGUGUCAUUAGCCACGUGGGAGAUGCUUUGAAAGACCACUCCUCCAAGUCCAGAGGGCGAGUCUGUGCCAUAGGAAUUGCUCCUUGGGGCAUCGUGGAAAAUAAAGAAGAUCUGAUUGGAAAGGAUGUAACUCGAGUCUACCAGACCAUGUCUAACCCUCUCAGUAAGCUCUCCUUGCUCAACAACUCCCACACUCACUUCAUCCUGGCUGACAAUGGCACACUGGGUAAAUAUGGUGCUGAAGUGAAGCUGCGGAGGCAGCUGGAGAAGCACGUCUCUCUGCAGAAGAUCAACACGAGGCUGGGGCAGGGUGUGCCAGUCGUGGGCCUCGUGGUGGAGGGGGGCCCCAACGUGGUCUCCAUCGUCCUGGAAUAUCUCCGGGAAGAGCCUCCAGUCCCCGUGGUGGUUUGUGAUGGCAGCGGACGAGCGUCGGACAUUUUGUCUUUUGCUCAUAAGUACUGUGAAGAAGGCGGGCUCAUAAAUGACUCCCUCAAGGAUCAGCUGCUCGUUACCAUUCAGAAAACAUUUAAUUACAACAAGGCACAGUCCCAUCAGCUGUUUGCAAUUAUAAUGGAGUGCAUGAAGAAGAAAGAGCUGGUCACUGUAUUUCGAAUGGGCUCUGAGGGCCAGCAGGACAUGGAGAUGGCCAUUCUCACUGCACUGCUGAAAGGAACAAACGCCUCAGCUCCCGAUCAGCUGAGCUUGGCGUUGGCGUGGAACCGCGUUGACAUUGCCCGGAACCAGAUCUUCAUCUUCGGGCCCCACUGGCCGCCCCUGGGAAGCCUGGCACCCCCAAUAGACAGCAAGGCCACAGAGAAGGAGAAGAAGCCACCCACAGCAACCACCAAGGCUGGAAGAGGGAAAGGCAAAGGCAAGAAGAAAGGCAAAGUGAAAGAGGAGGUGGAGGAGGAGACCGACCCCCGCAAGAUCGAGCUGCUGAACUGGGUGAACGCUCUGGAGCAAGCCAUGCUGGACGCGCUAGUCUUAGAUCGGGUGGACUUCGUGAAGCUCCUGAUUGAAAAUGGGGUGAACAUGCAGCAUUUCCUCACCAUCCCGCGGCUAGAAGAGCUGUACAACACUAGGCUGGGCCCACCAAACACUCUCCAUUUGCUGGUGAGGGAUGUUAAAAAGGGAAACCUUCCACCUGACUACCACAUCAGCCUCAUAGACAUCGGGCUUGUGCUAGAGUACCUUAUGGGAGGAGCCUACCGCUGCAACUACACUCGGAAGAGCUUCCGGACUCUGUACAACAACUUGUUUGGACCCAAGAGGCCAAAAGCUCUAAAACUUCUGGGAAUGGAAGAUGAUGAGCCUCCAGCCAAAGGGAAGAAGAAGAAAAAGAAGAAAAAGGAAGAGGAGGUUGACAUUGAUGUGGAUGACCCAGCUGUGAGCCGUUUCCAGUACCCCUUCCAUGAGCUGAUGUUGUGGGCUGUGCUGAUGAAACGCCAGAAAAUGGCAGUGUUCCUUUGGCAGCGUGGUGAGGAGAGCAUGGCCAAGGCCCUGGUGGCCUGUAAACUCUACAAGUCCAUGGCCCACGAGUCCUCUGAGAGUGAGCUGGUGGAUGACAUCUCCCAGGAUUUGGACAAUAACUCAAAAGACUUUGGUCAGCUGGCUGUGGAGCUGCUGGACCAGUCAUACAAGCACGAUGAACAGAUCGCCAUGAAGCUGCUGACCUAUGAGCUCAAGAACUGGAGCAACUCCACCUGCCUCAAGCUGGCGGUGGCCGCCAAGCAUCGCGACUUCAUCGCGCACACCUGCAGCCAGAUGCUACUGACGGACAUGUGGAUGGGGCGGCUGCGCGUGCGCAAGAACCCGGGUCUGAAGGUCAUCCUGGGGAUCCUACUCCCCCCCACCAUCCUGUUUUUGGAGUUCCGCACCCACGACGACUUCUCCUAUCAGACAUCCAAGGAAAACGAGGACGGCAAAGACAAGGAGGAGGAAAAUAUGGAUGCAAACGCGGACGCUGGCUCCAGAAAGGGAGACGAAGAGAAUGAGCACAAAAAGCAAAGAAGCAUUCCCAUUGGGACGAAGAUCUGCGAAUUCUACAACGCUCCCAUUGUCAAGUUCUGGUUUUACACAAUCUCGUACUUGGGGUACCUGCUGCUCUUCAACUACGUCAUCCUGGUGCGGAUGGACCGGUGGCCUUGCCUCCAGGAGUGGAUCGUCAUCGCCUACAUCCUGAGUCUGGCCUUAGAGAAAAUACGAGAGAUCCUCAUGUCAGAGCCGGGAAAGCUCAGCCAGAAGAUAAAAGUCUGGCUGCAGGAAUACUGGAACAUCACAGACCUCGUGGCCAUCUCCAUGUUCAUGAUUGGCGCCAUCCUCCGCCUGCAGAAGCAGCCGUACAUGGGAUACGGCCGAGUGAUCUACUGCGUGGAUAUCAUCUUCUGGUACAUCCGUGUCCUGGACAUCUUUGGUGUCAACAAGUACUUGGGGCCCUAUGUCAUGAUGAUCGGAAAAAUGAUGAUCGACAUGCUGUACUUUGUGGUCAUCAUGCUGGUUGUGCUGAUGAGUUUUGGGGUAGCCCGUCAAGCCAUUUUGCACCCGGAUGAGGAGCCUUCAUGGAAACUGGCUCGAAACAUCUUCUACAUGCCCUACUGGAUGAUCUAUGGAGAGGUGUUUGCAGACCAGAUAGACCCUCCUUGUGGUGACAACCUGUUUGAUGAGGAAGGCAAACGGCUCCCUCCCUGCAUCCCGGGCGCCUGGCUCACGCCGGCCAUCAUGGCGUGCUACCUCCUGGUUGCCAACAUCCUGCUGGUGAACCUGCUCAUCGCAGUUUUCAACAACACCUUCUUUGAAGUCAAGUCCAUAUCCAACCAAGUGUGGAAAUUCCAGCGAUAUCAGCUGAUCAUGACAUUCCAUGACCGCCCAGUGCUCCCUCCGCCCAUGAUCAUCUUAAGCCACAUCUACAUCAUUGUCAUGCGCCUCAGUGGGCGUUGUAGGAAAGAGAAGGGGGACCAGGAUGAGCGGGACCGUGGUCUGAAGCUGUUCCUCAGCGAGGAGGAACUGAAGAGGCUGCAUGAGUUCGAGGAGCAAUGCGUCCAGGAGCAUUUCCAGGAGAAGGAGGACGAGGAGCAGUCCUCCAGCGCCGAGCGCAUCCGAGUCACCUGUGAGAGAGUGGAGAACAUGUCGAUGAGACUGGAAGAGGUCAAUGAAAGAGAGAACUUCAUGAAGACGUCUCUGCAGAGCAUGGACCUGCGGCUCUCCCAGUUGGAGGACCUGUCCACCAGGAUGGUGACCGCCCUGGAAAGUUUGGCAGGCAUCGACAGGGCAGAGCUGCUCCAGUCUCGGUCCCGGGCAUCUUCUGAGUGUGAAGCCACUUUGCUCCUCCGGCAGAGCAGCCUCAAUAGUGCCGAUGGCUAUAGCCUGUUCAGAUACCACUUUAACGGGGAAGAGCUGCUGUUUGAGGACAGUGCCUUCAGAAGAAAAGCUUGUUCCUUCCGGGGGAGAGAAGAGAAGGACCCUAGGGCACGCUUAGAACCAGAGAACCUGGCCAGCCUGCAGCUUAUGUCCAGCACCAGUUCGCUGGCCACACCAGACUGCAGGCAACCUUCAUCGGACCACAAGGAAAACCCUUCAGUGUUGCAACUUGGGCCAGAUCAGGGGCUUCUAGCUAACGAUGAUGAAAGACAGGCAGAUGCUAAAAGAGAAGACUCUCUCACCCCAAAUUUCCAUCGGACUGAUAGUAUGCAUGAACAGAAUAGAUGUGAUGUUCAGAACACUCAGCUGACGGUGGACAGCACAGAGGUACAAGACACUAUUUCCUACCCUUUGGGGGAAACAAAAAUGCAAUGCUGUCCCCCUGAUGAAACCAGGAACACUUGCACAACUAUGAAGUCCAGAAGCUUCAUCUACUCCCGAGGAAGAAAGGUGGUCAGUGGGGUGAACGAGUGGGGUGCAAAGUACAGCUCAAUCAGGGGCCCAGUGAGCCCCUCUGCAGUUCAGCAGUGGACGACUGAGUGGACCUACCAAGUGCAGAAGAUCACACGUUCUCAGAGCACUGAGAUCCCCCCGUUUGUGUCAGAAGCUGCCAUGCAGGCUGAGUACAGAGAGCAACUGACAGAACCAGAAGGGGAUUACUGCAGUUCUGAGACAGCUCCUCAUUUCUUUGGGGGGUCCCUGGCUGCUACUGGCACUAUCGAGAAGGACAACUUACUACUGUCUGUGAGAUCGGAGCCCACACCAGGGUUUCCGGCAUUGAGGUCCAAAAGUUUACAUGGCCACCCUAGGUAUGCAAAAGCUCUGCAGGGCACACUAGACAGAACUGGACAAGCCAGCAGUGCCAAGGACUUGGCAGUGGCAUCUGGCACCACAACAAAAGGACAAGAGGGGAAGUGAGAGAAGGCCUCCACAUAAACUGAAUGCUAACUGGGUUUGGCCUCUCAUUUAUUUUUCCAAUCAAAGCCACGGAGGAGUGCCAUCUUAGUCAACCAAAGUUGACUAAGGAAACUUUUUUUUUUUUAAUUAAACAUGUUUGGAAAUCAGGGCUUAUCUGCCAAUUCAAUUUUAACAUAUGACACACCAACCAGUAUUUCACUGGCAUAUGCUAGCAAAACUAGAUUUUUUUUUUUUUUUGAUUAGGAUCUGAUGAAGGUGAUAAUUCUCCAGUUGAGGCAAGUUGCUUAGUGACCAUACACAAACUUGUUUGUUUUUGUCCAAAGCAGUGCUCAAUUCUGGUUUAUGGUGGUGCUGGGGAUUGAACCUGAGAAACUUGGGAGUUCCAGGCAUGAAAGUCUUCUGCUAGGCACCAGGUGGUAGUGUACUGGUUAAGUGCACAUAGUGCAAAGCAUAAGGACUGGUACAAGGAUCCCGGUUCAAGCCCCCAGCUCCCCACCUGCGGGGGUGGGGGUCACUUCACAAGUGGUGAAGCAGGUCUGCAGAUGUCUAUCUUUCUCCCCCACCCAUCUUCCCCUCCUCUCUCGAUUUCUCUCUCCUAUCAACAACAAUUUCUCUCUCCUACCAACAAAUAAUAGCAGCAGCAGCAACAACAAAUAUAACAGCUACCAAUAAUAAUAGCAGCAGCAACAAAAAAAAAUGGAAUAAAAGAUGGCUUCCAGGAGCAGUGGCACCGAGCCCCAGCAGUAACCCUGGAAGCAAAAAAAAAAAAAAAAAGUCUUUUGCUAUCUCCUCACUCCCAAAUACCUCUCUUACUCUCUUCUCUCUCUCUCUGUACUGAUUUUGUUCCCUCAAUUUCUCUUUUUUAAAAAUAUUUAUUUAUUUUCCCCUUUUGUUGCCCUUGUUGUUCUUUUAGUUUUUGUUGUUGUUACUGAUGUCAUCAUUGUUGGAUAGGACAGAGAGAAAUGGAGAGAGGAGGGGAAGACAGAGAGGAGGAGAGAAAGAUAGACACCUGCAGACCUGCUUCACCGCCUGUGAAGCAACUCCCCUGCAGAUGAGGAGCCGGGGGCUUGAACCGUUUUUUUUUUUUUUCUUCUUUUUUUUGCCUCCAGGGUUAUUGCCAGGGCUCGGUGCCUGCACCUGAAUCCACUGCUCCUGGAGGCUAUUUUUCUCCCUUUUGUUGCCCUUGUUUUUGUAUCGUUGUUGUGGUUAUUAUUCUUGUUAGAUAGGACAGAGAGAAAUUGAGAGAGGUGGGGAAGACAGAGAGAGGAGACACCUGCAGACCUGCUUCACCACCGGUGAAGCGACCCCUCUGCAGGUGGGGAGCCGGGGACUCGAACCAGGAUCCUUACACCAGUCCUUGCGCUUCGUGCCAUAGGUGCUUAACCUGCUGCGCUACCUCCUGACCACACAAUUUUUCUUUCUAAAUGCCACCAAAUAGCCUAAGAAAUGCCUUGAAGUGUCACCAGUAAUUACUAAAGGGAUAAGAAUCUAUGUAAAUAAGAAAGAGAAAGCAAACAAAAAAGGAAAGAGAAGAAAGGAAAAUGAGGAAAAGAAAAAAGAAAGAUUGGAUCAGGGAAGUGCCUCACUUGGAUAGUGCACUGCUUUGCCAGGGACAAGACCUACAGGCAUGAGCCCGGCCCCACUGCAUUGGAGGAGGCUUUGGUCUCUCUCACACUCUCUUUCUACCUCUCUUUGUAUUUCUGGAAAAAAGGAGAGAAAGAAUGAAUGAAAAUUAUGCAGUGCCAGAAGUCAGAAGUGGAAAAGAACCAUAAAUAAGCCAGACCUUCCACCUUCCGCAACCCACAAUGACUCUGGGUCCAUGCUCCCAGAGGGAUAGAGAAUGGGAAAGCUAUCAGGGGAGGGGGUG